UUCACUUCAUCAAAUCUUUUUAAUUUCUCUCUUUAAAACCCAAAAACACUAAGGGAAAACACCCGAAGAUUCAUGAACCGUCUUUUCUCAGAAUUCAUGGUUCAAAAGCUUGGAAUAGAGGAAGACAAAGUUGUUGAACUAAACCAACUUCUCUAUUCAAUGGCUGGCCUUAAGGCUAUAGGUUAUGAAUUCGAUAAUGAUGAGUACCAUAGGUAUGUUCAUGGGAGGUUACCCUAUGAAAACCUUAAACCGGACCCGGUUCUCAGAAAUCUACUUCUUAGCCUACCUUUUCGAAAAUUGGUUUUCUCAAAUGGAGAUGAUGUUCAUGUGAUGAAAGCUCUAAAGAGACUCGGCAUUGAAGACUGUUUCGAGAGAAUCAUAAAUUUCGAGACCUUAAACCCUAAGACCAACGAGGCUGAAGUUUCUUGCGUCACAGGUCAUCUUUCCGAAAAUCCGGUUAUCUGUAAACCAACCGAGGUUGCUUUCGAGAAAGCCUUCGAUAUUGCACAGCUCAAUCCUCACAAAACCUUGUUCUUUGACGACAGUAUCCGGAACAUCCAAACCGGAAAAGUCAUGGGUCUCCAUACAGUCUUGGUAAAUUCCGGUUAACUUGUUGAACCAAACAAAGUAGUACUAGUAUCAUUUCAUAUGAUGGUUUUCACUAAACGAAUAUCUAAAUC